AUGAAGGCACGCUUUGCUCUGGCACUUUUCCAGCUUUUGAUUUUGAGUUCUGCCAGGACGUUAGGUAACGACUACACAAAUGUCGAUUACGUGGGAUUUGCCUGCAAAGCUUCGCUGGGAUCCACUGCGAAGUUCUGCAAGAAAGAUGCUCUAAAGAGUUAUGACUGCUACUGCCUCAACGACAACGCCAUGGGAUCCUUUAUGUACUGCGGCUACGAACAGUUGCACUCUAAACACGACCGGAAAGCCUUGCAGAAUUUCUUCCAGUUCAGAUGUCCCAACACUACCGUGGAGCAUAUGGAGGAGGUGUACCAGAACGUGUCGCAACAUAUGGUGAACACCUCUUCAAUCCAGCAUUUCAAUAAGAGCAAACCCGUCGACUUCCCCAUCUAUACCAAUGCCUCAUCAUACGAAUUGUACUACGUUUCGUAUCGCGCCAGAUACCUUAAUUUUAGAAGAGCAUACAGAUGGGGUGCCGCUCUAGUCGGUUACUGGGGUAUCAUUAUCGUGUGCGGUAUGCUGUCGAACAUGGCACACAAAUUCGCACCCAGCGUGGUCAUCUCAGCAAACAAAAAGGCAUCUCAGUUGGCAAUCGUGCGCUGGUACAGAAAGUUCUUUUCGAUUCCGGCUCUGUUUGGCAAAAGACACACCAACCAAGAUCCUUUGGGUGGAGUUGUGCCCACAAGACUGGAAUCCUUCAUCAUUUUUGGAUUCUUGGUUCUAUGUGUCAUUUUCCAGGCUGUAAAGUAUGAGCAUGUUGAGAAUAACCCCAACUUCAUCAACAAGACUGUGGAAAUGAGUUGCCUGAUCGGUGACAGAACUGCCCUCAUCUGCAUUUAUCUUAUGAUCAUCACCUAUUUAUUUGCGGGUAGAAACCAGAUUCUUCUAUGGCUGACUGGCUGGAAACAGUCCACAUUUGUCAUUUAUCAUAAAUGGGUUGGCCGUAUGUUUUACCUAAGUGUGUUGACCCACACUAUUGCCAUGACGAUUACAACGGCGAGCAGAAAAGGCUUUUACGCAACGAGAUCCUCAACAGAGUGGUGGAGAUACGGCUCUGUUGCCGGAGUUGCCGGUGGUAUCAUGUUCGUUCAAUCGUUCAGCUGGUUGCGUGCCAAAAACUACGAGUUAUUCCUUUACGUUCACAUCCUCAUGGCCAUUGCAUUUUUGAUUGGUGCCUGGAGACACGUCGACGACCUAGGCUACGGCCAAUUUGCAUUUGCGACCGCCGCGGUCUGGUGUUUCGAUCGUUUCAUCAGAUUGGUCCGUAUCUUUUCGUUUGGCAUCAAGACCGCCAAAGUGUGCAUUGUCUCUGAUGAGACUUUGCAGAUCACAGUCGACAGAGGGUCCUGGUGGCCAUUUUUCCCCGGUGCAUUUGGGUACCUACAUAUCUUGAAGACCUCUGUCUUCUGGCAAUCGCAUCCGUUCACUGUGGUCAAGACAGACAACAAUGAGCUGCGAUUCUACGUCAAAAUCAAGAAAGGUGUCACCGAGACUCUGUACAAGGAGCUUUUGAGCCAGCCUAACUACACGGGCGAGGUCAAGAUCGCUGUGGAAGGACCCUACGGUGACAACAAGCCUGCUGAAGCUUACGAUCAGGUUUUGCUGUACAGCGGUGGUAACGGUAUUCCAGGACCGUUUGCGUAUGCCAAGGAUCUCGGUAAGACUACUAUCGAUGAAACCACCAAGUUUGUGAAAUUGUACUGGGUGAUUAGACACUGGCAUUCGAUGGAUUGGUUCUUGGAAGAGCUACAACUAUUACAAAAGUACUCUAACGUGCAGACGGUAAUUUACGUCACAAAAGCACACGAGGGAAAGCUUGGCGAGAAGCUGACUGCUCAUUUUGACAACAGUUCGCCAUCGUCAUCGUCCGAAAAGGGCUCCGAGGGACACGAGGUUGUUGUCAGCCACGACUAUUUGGAAAAUGUACAUAAACUGCUUCCUCACAUCGAAUUCAGAGAGGGUAGACCAGACAUGACUCAACUAGUCAACCAGGAUAUCGACGAGUGUGACAAUAAAAACGUUGCGGUGAUAACGUGUGGCCAUGGUAACAUGUGCGACGAAAUCCGUUCCAUUGUUGCCGACAAAGUGGGGUCACACAAGAAGAGCAGAAUUGAUAUUUUCGAGGAGUUGCAGACCUGGUAA